AUGGAAUUAAAAUCUGAAACUGCAAUCAAUUUGCAGAGGUCACCUGGAGGAGUACGAAUACAUCAAGCAGNAAGGCUAGAGAAGCCCCCUGGCCCCGGUGCUCAGUGUGUGGGGCUGGCAGCUGUGCCCCUGCCCACUGCUGCACCCGGGGGCCGCACGGCUUCUCAGGGCUGGCCGGGCACGGGAGGCCGGGACUGGCCGCAGGCAGCAGCGCCCGGCCGAGGGGCAGAGCCCGCGCCAACCCUUCCCUCCUGCCGCUCUCUCCAGCUGGCCGACCACAGGAUCCCCUUGGCCGAGCACCUGCGCCGGGCCCUGCAGUACCUGCAGGACCCACAGGAGACCCUGCGAGCGGCGGCCAUCAGGGUCAUCGGGAUGGCCGGGGAGCAGCUGAGGGGGAAGAAGGAAGAGCUGCAGCUCAUCUGUGAGGCCCUUGAAGACACAACAGAAGACAGCAGCCUGGAGGUUGGAAGCCUGGCACUUCAGAAAUUGUGCCUUCUCAGGGCAGGAGAGCACGCUCCGAUCUCCACAUUCCAGAGGCUGCGAGAUCAGCUCCGCAGGGCAUGGAGGUCACGGCCUCGUCUGUCGGGCCUCGGCUGGCUGCGCUGCUGGAGCUCUGCAGAGAGCUGAUCUGAGAGGCUCUGUCUGCUGGGGCCAC